AUGCCUACUACUAGGAGCGUGCGCGCCCUCUUCCAGGCACUUAUACUACUGUCCGCCAUUCUCCUUCUUCUGGUUGGCUUCGGUUACUAUGAGCAAGGCUACACCCUCCAGAAGUUUCAGCAGAUAGCUGGUUCCGUCAGACUGCCUGGUGUUGGGUCGCAUCCAGCUGAGGUUGCUGCACCCAGUGCAUCUGCCGAAUCGGUCGCAUCUAUCGCAUCUAUCGCAUCUGUCGCACCCACCACAUCUGCCGUACCACAACCAUCCACUCCAGCUAAACCCGCAGAAACUCCCGUGGCAGAAGCCGACAAGAAUGAGAAGGUGGAAGAAGCCCCCCAGAAGUUGCCCGCGGGAGAUCCCGUCCUUCUCGAACAGGCACAAACCUACGUCAAGUCAAUCAUGGACUUCAAGAGGAAGGGUCUCCAGCGUCUCGAGUGUCCCGCUCUUGACGAGAACCGCUUUGCGUACCUUCGCCCGCAAGCUGGUUCGCGACCCAAGUACUUCUUCGCGCUCGAUCUCUACAAGAUCAGAGAAUUGCUGCCCAGUACCCUUGGAGCCAUUGUGGAGACCAUGAAGUUCCUCGGUCCAAAGAAUUGCGUCUUGUCCAUUGUCGAAGGGAGGUCAACCGAUGGUACCUACGAGGUACUGAAGGAGCUUGAAAAGGAAAUCACGAAGCUUGGCAGUCGCUACUUCCUCCAGACCAGUGACAUCAACCCCAAGGGCGAGAAGGUUGACCGGAUCAAGGCGCUGGCCGAGCUUCGAAACAUGGCCAUGAAGGACCUGAUCGAUAAUCCAGAGCACUAUGCGGAGAACACCACCGUCAUCUUCUCUAACGAUGUCAGCCUUUGCCCAGAGGACGUCCUUGAGCUCCUCCACCAGCGUGUAUACCAGGGCGCCGACCACGUGUGCGCCAUGGACUGGAGAGCUACCGAAGACCCCACCUUCUAUGACGUGUGGAUCGCACGCGACAUGUCUGGCGAUACCUUCUUCAGGAUCGAGGACAACGGAGCCUGGACACACGUCAACGCCCUAUUCCCAGGUCACCCCGCAACGCUCGUGCGCUACAACGAGAGGAAGCCGUUCCAGGUCUUCUCGUGCUGGAACGGUAUCGUGGCUUUCACGGCCGAGCCCAUCAUGCAGAAGACCAUCAAGUUCAGAGGACACUACAAGGGCGAGGCCUUCCAGGGAGAGCCGAAACUGUUCGACAAGGAUCUCUGGUAUUACGGGUACGGAAAGAUUGCAGUCGUACCUUCUGUUAACGUAGCAUACGACAACCCAGACAAUGCCAUUUACGUCAAGAAGACGAAAGGGUACGCAUCGGAAAGUUUCAAGAACGAGACCCCAGAUCACAAAAUCAAUUGGGAUCCUGCUCCGCCAGCGUUGGUAAAGCACAUGCCGACACACACCCGACAGAAGUUCAUUCCUUGGGACGAGGGUCUGCCAGAGAAGACAGAGCUCAAGGUAGCCAAGUCAGGCUCAUAA